UGUUGAUGAUGAAACACCUGAUCGUAUACAGAUUGUAGCUGGUGUGCAUAAUAGAUCUGAUCCAAAUGGUGUAAUCCGUGAAGUAGAUUACAUUCAUAUUCAUCCGGAUUGGUCAUCAUCAUCGAUGGAACGUCGGCAUGAUAUUGCGAUGUUACAUUUGUCACAACCACUCGGACUUGCUUCAAAUCCAUUGUUAGCACGAAUUUGUGUACCAAACGUUCAGUGGCCAGACGAUGUUGACACUUAUCCGGGUAAUGGUACACGUGUAGCUGCACUCGGCUGGGGUAAUAUAAAACGGGAUGUGUUCGAUAAUUCACCAGCUAAUAUGCAUCAAGGU